UUUUUUUUGUAAACAUCUAGAUUUCUACUAUUUCGUCGUCAUCAUCUUCAUCAUUUUAACUGGUUCCCACUUUGGGUAUAACUCCGCCAGGUCGAAGGAGUCUCGUACAAAAACCGAUAUACCCUGCAGUUGGAGACUAGGGUGUUGCCAUGGAUAACAUCUCUGUUCUUGUAACUGGUGGCAACGGUUUCCUUGGACAACACAUUUUAAAACAUCUUCACCUGGCUGCUGAUGACCUUCACCUUAGUGAGAUAAGAGUCCUUGACCUGGUACCAUACAAAAACAGAUUAGAUUACAAGCCAACUCGUCCAGUUAAGGUGUAUGAAGGGAAUCUGUUAGACGAGGAAGAGGUACGAAGGGCCUGUAAAGGUGUAGAAGCUGUUCUCCACAUAGCAUCAUAUAUAGAUACAAAACUCUUCCCAAACACAGCUAAACUAGAUCAGGUUAAUGUUACAGGUACCCAGUCCCUGAUAGACAUCAGUAAGGAGGAGGGCGUGUCUUAUUUCAUCUACUGUUCCAGUGUAUCCUGUGUACAGGGGUAUACGGAGGUCCUCGGAGGGACAGAGAGUACCCUUACACUCCUUCCAGAAGACAAGCUCCUGUUUCGAUGUUAUGGAAGUAGUAAACAGAAGGCAAUGAAAAUCGUCCUGGACUCAAAUGGAGACAAGUUACAACAUGGAGAUGAUAUGAGGACCAUGAUACUCGUGCCUACUACCAUGUAUGGAGAACUCGAUCAGGGUUGUUUUACAUUGUCUCUGAAGGUAGCUUACAAAAACAAAGGCUGCAUGCCCAAGUCUGGUUCUGAUACAACGCUCUGCCAGUUUGGUUAUGUUGGGAAUAUUGCCUGGGGAUUCGUCUGUGGACUGAAGACCCUGAUCAGACAGCCAGACCUUGUGGCUGGCCAACAAUUUCUUCUUUCUGAUGACACGCCCAUUGGAUCAUUGCAUAAACUGCAACAGCAGUUCCUUGAAUGUCGUGGAAUGAAGUACACUACCUACAAAAUACCCGAUCUAGUGAUGUACUUUAUGGCUGCCAUCAUCACUAUACUCGGAUACAUACUCUACCCCAUCUAUACACUGGAUUCUAACUUUACUUAUUCCGGUUUUCAUUUCAUACAAACAUCAUUUUAUAUUAAGUACCAGAAGGCGAAGGAUUUCCUAUCAUACACACCUCUGUACAGUGCUGAAGAAUCCCUACAGGCUGCCAAACAGUACUAUUCCACAAUGGACCUCGGCUAGCGGUAUUAAAGGGACACAACUCUGCUCUACUUCCCAUGUUAAAGGGGUUAUAUAUGCUUGUAAUAUAAGUGCCAUUAUUCUUCAGCAUUAUUCUGUUUUAACCUUCUUAAAGGGUAAUAACUCUGUUAUACUGGGCUACACCUUGUAGCCCUGUACAUAUGCCCCAUAUAUUAAAAAAACUAAAUUUAUCAUACAGAAAACUGAUAUUCAUUUGAGCAUAAUAAUUUUUGAACUGUUCGCUAUGUACAAUUUGAUCUGAGGAACUUAAAUAUACAUGAUUUUUGUUUUAUUAUUUUCAAUUUUUUUUAAAUUUAUGAUAUUUUGCCUUUUAUUAAUGAUACUCUGAAUUUGUAGUUUGAGGUUUGUUUGGUUUAAAUACUAUAUAUUAUAUAAAUGUUGUAUUGUUUAAUCAUAUAAUUUUAAUAAACCAAAGAUUUCUGAAGUUGUACAUUAGUAAUAAUACUCAUAAAUGUCAAGAUUAUACUUUUCUUUAUUGAUACUUAGGUAACAAUAUACUUGUAAUUAUCAAAUACACCAUAUUAUAUAGGUUAUUAUAUAUACUCUGCUUUUACUGAAUUGAACAAGAAUAUGUAGAUAUGAAUAUAUUUUGUAUAAUAUAUAUAAUUUUUUGGAGGUUUGUAGACAUAAUACUCCUAUAUACAACAUUGAAUACUGUACACAGAAGGAGCAGUAAUAUUUUUGUUGUAGUGAAGCUGGUUUUGACAAUUUUCUUUUUCUUUUUUUGUUGUUUAUAGGUCCAGUAGCAUUAAAACUGAGAGAGGAGGCUAAAUGUAAUUUCAUUUUACAUAUAUAGAGUGUAAUAUUUACAGUAUACAUAAAAUUGCAUGAACAAAUAUAUUACAAACAAUAACAUUGUACAUAAUUAUUGAAAAAAAUUAUUAUAAUUUGUAUAUAUGUAACAACAGCAUGAUAUUAAUGUUGUAGUAAAAUUUUGUCAUUAAAUAUAUGAACAAGUUCAUUGAGAUUUAAUUGGAUGUCUAAUAAACACAAUAUAGUUUAAUAUUUUUAAUUGUAUUCUCAAUUCAAGUCUCAACAUAUACAGUACCUUAUAUUAUUUGCAUAUUUGCCAGUGAAAUAUAGAAAUUUAACAAACUGAUAAAACUUAUAUUUUGAAAAUGUAUUUUUUUUAAUUAAUUUGCAGUAAAAAUAUUGGGUUUUCGUUUUUGACCAAUUAGAGCAAACCUUUGUAUUCACCUCAUUGAAACUUGCCAACUUUCGAAUCUAAGCGAAGAUAGUUUUUGACAAUGUACCCACUUGAUGCUAGGUUUAAUGCACAGGUUCUCCCUUAACAGAUAACAGCAGGAAACGCUUAAAUUGUGUUGAUCAGUUAUUGACCUUUCAAAAUGGUGCUGUCAAGUUGACGUGGAGUAACGUAAUGUCACAAAGAGACGAUGUCAUGUAUUAUAUCAUAUUAUUAUGUUAUUAAUUGCUGCAUUUUUUUAGACUACUAAUUUUUCUAUGUUUUUAAUAUUUUUUUUUUUAUCAUAAAAAUGCAAUAUAAAGAAAAUUGAUUGUUUUACCGUUGAAUAUCAGAAUGUUCUGUCAUAGUUGUGAAAUAUUAUAUUCAUCCGGAAACCAUUUAAUAUCCUCUUUAUACAUUCAGUAUUUUAAUUACAAUUCUGGCACUAUUAUAUUCCUGACAGAUUAAGCUAUAAGGAUACGUAGCUUAAUCUAAUAUCAUAUGUAGGUUUAUAUAUACAUUGUACAUUCUAACAUAUUUGGUAUUAUUUCUAGUUAGAAAAAUUAUCUUGUGUGUUUUAUAAUGAUUGGUGUCAUUUUAAUCUCAAAACAUUGAGAAAUUAAAUUCUUGUACAGGAAUCAUUUUAUUUAAAACCUGUUUAAGCUGGUGAUCAAUGAUUCUGUGUUUGAAUUGAUGUGUUCUGAUCAUACGAAAUGUACAUUAUGUAACUUUUACGUUUACCUUCAGUACAAUGUAUACUGGUAAAUAGCUGUCACAGUUAAACUGAGACAGCAGUAUGGUACAACAAUUGUAGAAUUUUUAAAAUAAUCAUACUCUUUAAGUUGAGUCUGAUUUUUGACAUAAUAAAUUUUCUUUAAAAUGAU